GCGCCGCGGACUCCGUCCCGGGAGGCGUCGCGCACUGACGGCGUCGCCAUGGAGCCCAGGGCGGGUGCUUCCAAACAGGACAUUCGUGAGCAGAUUUGGGACUACAUGGAAUCACAAAAUUUAGCUGACUUUCCCCGACCUGUUCAUCACAGGAUUCCCAACUUCAAGGGCUCUUAUCUGGCUUGCCAAAACAUCAAAGACCUAGAAGGUUUUGCCAGAAUGCAGGAAGUGAAAGUGGACCCUGAUAAACCGCUGGAAGGUGUUCGGCUGCUGGCGCUGCAGAGUAAGAAAAUGCUGUUGGUUCCAACACCGCGACUGAGAACAGGGUUAUUUAAUAAGAUCACACCACCCCCUGGGGCAACUAAAGACAUCUUGAGAAAAUGUGCCACGUCUCAGGGCAUGAGGAACUUCAGCACUCCCGUGGGCUUGGAUUCCAGGGUCCAGGUGGACUUAGUUGUGGUGGGGUCCGUCGCUGUUUCUGAAAAAGGCUGGAGAAUUGGGAAGGGAGAAGGGUAUGCUGAUCUUGAAUAUGCCAUGAUGGUGUCCAUGGGAGCAGUCAGCCCGGGGACGCCAGUGGUCACCAUCGUCCACGACUGCCAGGUCGUCGACAUACCUGAAGCGCUCCUUGAGGAUCACGACCUCACGGUGGACUAUAUUCUCACUCCAACGAGAGUCAUUGCCACGGGGUGUGAGCGCCCAAAGCCAGCGGGAAUCAUAUGGUCCAAGAUCAGCUGUGAGAUGAUGGGGAAAAUCCCAAUACUGAGGAGCCUUCGAAACCGAGAGAAGCAGGCUGGGAAAGACGUCACCCUUCAGGAUGAGCCCCAGCACCUGGAAACGGGCUGUCAGCAGAUGGCUCCCCUGCACGCUGUCAGAAGACUCCGGGACCCACCCCAGCCGGAAUCUGGUUCCGUGCAGGGGGAGGAUGUGCCUUCUGACACUGUUUACGUCGGGAACCUCCCCCGGGACGCCCGAGUGAGUGAGCUGAAGAGAGCCCUCAAAGACCUCAGCGCAGCCCCCCUGCGGCUCACCUGGCAGGGGCCACAGCGCAGGGCCUUCCUCCAUUACCAGGACCCGGCCUCGGCCCAGCAGGCCGUCUCCUGCCUGCAGGGCCUACACCUGGGCGCCAGCACCUUAAGGGUGGCGCUGGCCAGGCAGCAGAAGGCCAGUGAUGUGGUGGGCGGCCACGCUGGGGAGCCACACUCUGACCACCGCCUGGCCGUCUCUGACCUAUGA